AUGAAUUAGCAAAGUUUUGUAUAAGUUACUUAGGAAUACGAUCAAGUGAAAAAAAGAGUCAACUCAUUGAAAUUUUAAUUAAGAGACAUUGAUUAAAAGAAUUAUCUAUUAUCGACGAAAAUAAAAGAUCUUAGAUAGAUAUCUCCCAAAAUAUAAAAAUCCCCAAUUUCACAAUUAUAAGAAUAGCUGAGACUAGACAGAAAACAGAUUAUUGAACAAUUCAAACCGAUUGUAGAAAAAGAGGGAAUUUAUCUUAGAAAUGAAAGACUGAAAACAGAGACCUAAUUACAAUAAUCAAAAAUCUGGGAAAUUUAACAGAAAAAAAUGAAGGUAAAAAUGAUAGAUGAAUUCGAUUCCGAAGUAACCAAAAGAAGAGCAGCAUAUUAAGAAAAAAAAAUAAAAGAAGUUAGGUAACAAUAAUUAUAAGAAAUGUUAAUGAAUCGAGUUAUUGUAAAUAAAAAGCUUCUGGAAAUAAACAAGUUAAAAAAAUAAGAAAAAGACUUGAUAGAAGAAAUACAAAGCGCUAAAACCAAAGAAUAACAAUUAUGUAAUAAAUUCUGUAAUGCCUUGGUUUCAAAUGAUAAUACUGUCAUUCUACCAUCAAUCUAAAAAUCAAAUAGUAGAACCAGUUAAAAUUCGAAUUAGAAGAAACCAAAUAAGGGUUGUUCUCCUUUCCGAAUGUCUGGCAAAGUAUUUGAUAGACUAUAAAGAAGUGAAACCAGAAAUGACAAUUCAAUUAUAGAAUAUGAAGAAAAUAGAAAAUUCUAAUUAGAUUCAAGAAAGAAGUCACAAUCAAUUGAUUAACUAAAUAUUGCUUGUUAAACUACUUUUCUAAUUAAAGAUCAAAAUUUAGAAAGUGCUUAAUAUUCAAAUAAUUAAGAUUCCUAUUUAGGUAGCUAAAAAGAUAAAACUAUUGAAAAGUCUCAAGAAAAUUAGACAUCUGAAGAAAGGAAGGAGGAAAAGGAGAAAAACAAAUUAAAAAGUAAUAAAAAGUAAUGA